GAUCACUAAAAGUAAAUAUUCAUCGAGGGCUGAAGCGAGUCUUCUCUUUGCCAGUUCGUUUUCUUCUUUUGUCUUCCGUUUACAUGUCUGUGUAGAUCUGUCACAGAUAAUAAAUCCCUUCGGAACGCGUUAGACACACGACCUCCACGACGAGGACGAGCUGUGUCCUAGGCUGCAGGAAAUACGAAACAUCGCAACUCAUCGCCUGCUACAAGGAAUCAAGUCCACACUCAGGAGAAUUGAUCCUCUUUCUCCUGCCAUCAAAUACAGCCCUCGCAUACGCAGGCUCCAUUCUCCUCCAGCUGACCCGCUGGAUCGACUCCGUUGUAAAAUGGCUCAAGCAAACGGGCCAGGGAAGACUCACUUCAAGAAAACCCAAGACUUCAAAUCCGAUUAUGCGGUGUCAGUCAAGUUCACUCAAUAUGAAUCCGAAAGGACGGGAAUGCGAGUGUUCGUGGUGGACCAGAAGGGUCCAAAGGUGUACGGAUACUUCGCAGUAGCCACCGAGAUCCACGAUGAUUCCGGCGCGCCCCACACGCUGGAACAUCUCAUUUUCAUGGGCUCAAAAAGCUACAGGUAUAAAGGUCUGCUAGAUAAGCUCGCAACCCGAGCGUACUCCAUGACCAAUGCGUGGACCGGCACCGAUCAGACAGUAUAUACUCUUGAGUCAGCGGGGUGGGAUGGCACAGCCUUGAUCCUCCCAGUCUACCUAGAGCAUGUGCUUCUACCCACGUUAACAGACGCUGGGUGCUACACCGAAGUCCACCAUAUUGACGGCACUGGCCAAGAUGCCGGCGUCGUCUACUGCGAGAUGCAAGACGUCCAGAACAAACAGUCGAACCUCAUGUCGCUCGAGGCCAAGCGCCUGCUGUAUCCGGAAGGAAACGGCUUCCGCUACGAGACAGGCGGAAUGAUGGAGCAGCUUCGAGUCCUGACUGCGCAACGCAUUCGAGACUUUCACAAGGAGAUGUAUCAGCCGAAAAACCUACGGGUCAUCCUGGUCGGCGACGUGAACCACGACGAGCUCUUGGGCAUCCUGGAGAAGUUCGAGGAUAGCGUCGUAGACGAAGUUCCAAAACCGGGCGAUCCGUUCAAGCGACCUUGGGUUGAGUCAGCUGCGCCGCCGCCACUCAGCCAAACGUCCGUGGUGAAGGUCGAAUUUCCCGAAGAGGACGAGAGCAUGGGCGAAAUCGUGAUCGCGUUCUUUGGGCCGGGUUACUUGGACGAUGUCGAUCUAACUGCAAUGAAUGCCCUUCUCUUGUACAUUGCGGGUUCCCCGGCUACGGUGCUCGAGAAUGUCAUUGUGGAGAAAGAACAAUUGGCGAGUGGGGUUUACUAUGAAUCCGAAGUUCAGACUAAAGGCGUUGUUUGGUUCACCCUGACGAGCGUCGAGACGGAGAAACUCGGCGAUGUUGAGAAGCGCUUCUUCGAACUUCUGAAAGAGACGGCGGCGAAACCAUUUGAUAUGAAAUACAUGAAGGAUUGCUUGGUACGGUUGAAGCGCCAUGACAAGCGAGAAUGCGAGACCAAUCCUUCGGCAUUUUCGGACGCAGUUAUCUCCGAUCACCUCUUCGGGGAUCGACAAGGCGAAUACCUCAAGCUGCAACUCAGUUCACUGAAGACCCUUGAUGAUCUGGACUCGUGGUCCGACCAACAAUGGAGAGACUUCCUGACCAAGUAUCUUGCCGAAGCGCACCAUGUUUCAAUUCUCGGCGUCCCUUCGGCGACACUUUCCGAGAAACUCAAGAAGGAUGAGCAGGCUCGCGUUGAGGAGCAGCAACAGCGGCUUGGGGAGGAAGGACUGAAGGAGCUCACGAAAAAGCUCGACGAAGCCAAAGCUGAAAACGAUCGAAAGAUCCCCGACGAGAUCAUGGAUGACUUCAAAAUCCCAGGAACGGAAUCGAUCAAAUUCAUCCCCACCACGAUGGCCAGGUCGGGUUUGGCCAAGAAGCUGGGGACGCUGGACAAUGAGAUCCAGAAGACCAUCGAUGCCGACAAGGAAAACCCGCUGUUCAUUCAUUUCGAGCAUAUCCCUAGCAAUUUCGUGCAAAUCGUCGUGCAAAUGGGCACCACCGACCUGUCAGCGGAUUUGAAGCCCCUGGUGUCAUUGUACCUCGCGAAUCUCUUCACUACGCCAGUGAUGAAAGAUGGAAAGAGGGUCGAGUUUGAACAAGUCAUCACGAUGUUGGAAGAGGAUACGGCAUCGUACCAUGCAGGUAGCGGGUUUGGGAAUGGUGACAUGUUGAGGAUUGAGCUAGUGGUCGAGCCGGAGAAAUAUGUUGUCGCCAUCGAAUGGUUGAAGACACUUUUGUUUGAUUCCAUUCUAGAUGUUGAGCGCCUCAAAACCAACAUCGCGAAGAUUCUCGCCGACAUUCCGGACGAAAAGCGAAGCGGCUGGGGUAUGUUAAAGGAUGCCGACAUUAUGAUCCAUUUCAAUGCCCAAUCCCUUCCACGUGCACGAAGCACUCUUGCCAAAGGGCUCUACCUCAAGCGGAUCAAGCAUCUGUUGAAUACGGAUCCCGACGCCGUGGUGAGCCGCAUGAAGCAAUUCAACUCAGCCAUUACGCAAUUCUGCAACAUGAGAGUUGCCGUGAUUGCAGAUGUCCACAAGCUGAAGGGCCCCGUCUCGUCUUGGGAGACAUUGACCGCUGGCCUCGACACCAGCAAGCCACUGAACGCCAUCGACCGGAAACAAGAACGGCUUUCCGACGCUGGCAAGACCCCUGGAGGCAAGGCCUUCAUCGUCCCCAUGCCCCCGAUCGAUUCCUCCUUCGCUAUGCUCACUGGCCCCGGACCCGACUCCUAUGCCCACCCCGACCUCCCCGCUCUCAUGGUGGCCAUGGCGUACCUCGACACCACAGAAGGACCCAUCUGGGCCAACCUCCGCGGCACGGGGCUCGUCUACGGUGCCAAUUUCUCCCGAUCCGUCGAGAACGGCCUGAUGGAAUUCAGCAUCUACCGAUCGCCGGAUGCGUUCAAUGCGUACGCGGCGGGGAAGAAGGUCGUGGAUGACUUUGUGUCCGGGAAGACGCCGCUGGAACAGCAUGCCUUGGAGGCCUGCGUCAGCACCAUUGUUCUCGGCAUGGCGGACGAGCAGCCGACGAUGGGAUCGGCGGCGAUGCUGGCAUUUGUGAACGAGGUCAUUCGAGGGGUUGGGAAGGAGUGGAGCCAAAAAAUGCUCGGGAAGGUGAGAACGGUGGGGAAGGAGGAUGUGCAGCGGGUUAUGGGCGCGUGGUUGGCGCCGCUGUUUAAUCCGAAAUCGGCGAAUCUGGUGGUGACUUGUGCGAGCAUCAAUGCUGAGUCUCUCAAGACCCGAUUCGAAGCCGAGGGGUUCGCUCCGGAGGUUCAACCGCUCAAAUUCUUCGAAGAUGACUAUGGCUUGAAAGGCGACGACUUGGAUGAUGAGGAUGAGGAGGAUGAGGAGGAUGAGGAAGAUUUCAACUCUGGGAAGGAUAGUGAUGAGGAUAUGGAGGAGAACGCGGAGUAAAAUAGGGCCCUAGUGGUAUCGAACGAACUCCCUACGAGUAGAAUGCGAUUCGAUAGACUUGGUGGCAAUGUCUGUCACCGUCCGAUACAUCAUUGCGUUGGUUGGUAUUGCUUCAUCUCUUCUUGUAGAGCCUCCUUGACAAUCGCCCCGCACAUUUUCGCGUACGGAUUGGUCUUCACCGCCAAGACCUUCGCAACCUCGUUUCCAUAUCGUCCGCCCCAGAAGAAAUCCAUGCUGGCCAUUUCCUCCAAGGUAUCCGAGCUCAGACCCCUCAGCGACUCCGGGAGCUUCACCGA